AUGCAACGAGUGACUCGGUCGCAAGCCGGACGAACGGCUUGCAACGCAUGUCAUCUGAGAAAGGUGCGCUGCGAUGCGCAAGAAGUUGGCUUCCCAUGCUCCAACUGUCGCAACGGCUUGCGAGAGGGCUGUCGGCGUCAUGAAAAGCGCAAACGACGCUCGGCGCGUCCGCCCGAGCCCGAGCCAAGCCCGGUCGCCGCCCUCACUGCGACGCCGACACAUGCGCGUACUCCUCCGGCCAGCCUGGCUGGCGUCCCCGUGAGCCCGGCUACUGCCCCCUUGAGCCCGAGCUCGGCUGGGUGGCAUCUUGUGGAGUUCAUUGAUCAGCCAGAACUCACGAUCCGGCCCAUCGACAAGGAUGCGAGACUUACGUACGUAGGCGCCGACGUGUCCAACCUCAAUUUCCUCGUCCAGCAGCAGUUCGGUGCGCGGACGGCCAGCGUCUUCCACUUCCCCGCGAAUCGCAUCGCUCGGCCCGACGUUGACCUCUCGGCGGAGGCAUUCCAGCUACCCGCCAAGGAUGUGGUCGAUCGACUUCUUGAUGCCUAUUUCACGCGUGUCAACCCGGGGUUUCCCGUUGUCGAUGAGGUCCUUUUCAUGAAGCAGUAUCGGGCCCGCGAUCCCCAGAAUCCCCCAUCGCUGCUCCUCCUCCAUGCCAUCCUGCUGGUUGGCGCUCACGCAUCCCUGCCGCAGCCGGACCACGAAGUCUUGAAGACCAUGUUCUACCGGCGGGCGAAGAGUCUCUUCGACGCCAGAUUCGAAGCCAAUCGGGACACCGUCGUUCAGGCGGCGCUGCUGCUCACGUGGCACAGCGAGGGUCCCGAAGACGUCUCGGCGAAUGCGUGGUUCUGGCUGGGCAUAGCAGUGACGACGGCAAAAGGCCUUGGCAUGUACAGAAACGCCGAAGACAGCACGCUCGUGCCGCACAAUAAGAGGAUGUGGAGGAGGGUGUGGUGGCUGCUGUUUCAAUGUGACGUGCUCGUUUCGUUGCAAUACGGCAGACCGCUGUCGAUCCAUCUAGAGGACUCGGACGUCCAGCGUCUCCGGGCAUCCGACUUCCAAGACUGUGGCGAGAAUUGUCGUGUCGACUACGUGAUGCAGCUUAACGAGCUCUGCACGAUUGUCUCGAGAAUCCUGCGUGAGCGGUUUCGCAUCGCGGCCACAACCGAGCGCCGCCACGCGCUGAUCCAGGAAAUGGACAACGCGCUGGCGAACUGGUCUCUCCGGCUCUCUCCGUCGCUUCAGCUUCACGCAAGCCCUACGACCGACCUCUGGACGGCCAAUCUGCAGCUCGUAUACAACAUGGUCUUGAUCCUGAUCCAUCGUACGCAGCUCGACGAGCACGCGUUGCGCGAGGACUCGGACAUCUGCAUCACCGCGGCCGCCGCAAUCCAGUCCAUAUUUCGAGAUCUGUGCGAGCGUGACGAGCUUCGGCAUCUGUGGUCGUCGAGCGUCAACUGCCUGUUCACAGCGCUCAUCCAGCUGAACAUCGAAGUCCGCUUGUCCAACCCCGUGCUCGCCAUCUCGGCUCUGAGGCGGUACGACUCGGCGCUGUUGUCGCUGCGGGAGCUCGCGAGGUAUUGGCCGAAUGCGCAGACUAUCCUGACGUUCUUCGAGUCUUCCCUGCGCCUGCAGCAGCCGCGCCGCCACGGGACUGGUACGGAGGUGCUCGAUCCGCCGGCGCCGAACCCAGCAACGGCCCCAAGCUGUGGCUCCGGGCUGAAAGACGUGGCAACCGUCGGAACGGAAGCGGGGCAAGUCACGCAAGAAUUCCCGGUGGCAGAUCCAGCAUCAAGCGGUCAGACAGACGUUGGGAGUAGGGCUUGUUCCCCAAUGCCUCCGGAUCACGAGCGGCACAGGCAGAACGGCAGCGCACCGGAAGAACAAGCAGCAUUUGACGACGUCCACGGGGGCUUUGGUGAUAUUCAAGCGUCAUGGUCUGAGUGGAAAGAGUUGUAUUGGCAGCAGCCCGUGUUUGCGGACGAGGUCCUGUUUACAUUCUGA